UGUGAUAUCUUCACAUUACCACCCUACUCCCUGUCUCCUCUUGUUUUCUUCGUCUCUUAAGCCGCUAAAUACGUAAUCUUCAAGAGAGGGGGGGGGGAUCUUCGUUUUUGAGCUUAACCCAACAAUGCCACCUUGUUUCUGAGUCAAACGUAGCGUACGCUUCUUCAAAUGGGUUGCUGUGUAAGCACUAACAGAGGUUCUUCUGGUGAAAAAGAAGCACAUUUAGAGGUGGGUCUUGAAUCUUUUAACCAGAAACCAAUUCUCGAAAGCAGAACUCCACCGCCUUCGGCCGAAGAAGAAACUGUGAAAGAAGUUUUGUCUGAGACUCCAAAGCCCAAAGAUCCCAUAUUUAUCCCACAAGAAGAAAAGAAGAAGAAAACCCAGAUAGAAAACCCGGCUUUUGUUCAGAUCCAAGGGAAGGAAAGUCUGAAUUUUAACAUCAAGCCUGAGCUGAAAUCACCUGCCAAUUUCAUAGAAGAGUUAGCUUCAGAAGAUGUUUCCGAGAUCUGCAGUGUUAGUUUAAGUGAAAGCGUUUCAACUAUAACUGACAGGAGAGAUGAAGAAGAAGAAGUUACGAAGCCACAAAGAGUGUUCAGAUCUCCAGCAAGGUCCGGGUCAAGGAACCAGGUCGUGGGCAGGUCCCCGACCCGAAAACUUGAACAAUCACCCGGCAGAAGAAAUGGGGUUGUCAAUGGUGGAUCGUCAGUGAGGUUGGUCCAAAGCAGGGAACCCACAGUGAGACGUGGGUCAAGGGCCAACUCGCCAAGGAAGGAUCCUGGUGAGAAUUCAGGGAGGAGGUCAAGGUCACCAGCUGUGAAUAGGUCUGUAAUGGGUCAUAGCCCGUCUGGAAGAAGGACUAAUCAAUCCCCUGGUAGGGCCAGACUUGACCCGAGAGAGUCUGGUAAUACCAAAAAAGUGGAGAAGCAGCAUGGUACUACAACUACUACAACCACCAUGGAAGGAAAAUGGCCAAGUUGCAAUAAUAACGGAGCCACAUCAAGUGCUCCCAAUGAAUCACUUGAAAACCCUCUUGUUUCCCUUGAAUGUUUCAUCUUCCUUUAGAGAUGAAGAAAUGUACCUAAAAAUGUUCAAUCACUUAAUCCUUUUUGUUGUUGUUGUUGUUUAAGUUUGUGAAUAUUGAUUGAACAUUGAAGUCAAAGGUCAGUCUGAACUAGAAGGGAAUAUUUUUUUGUAUGAGUUCGUGGGAUUUCAGAACUCAGGGUUGCAGUGGUAAGCUGUUGUCCAAUACUUCUCUUGCUUGCCACUGUUGGAUUUGGAAACUUUGGGUGCAUGGUUGUUGGAUACGGAAUGUCUUAAUUGACCUGUGAUUAUCGUCUAAUUAAGUU